AUGUUUGGUUGCCUGAACAAUAUUUCAACUAAGUACAUGAGCACUGUCAUUACAGUCUCUCGGCUUCUCCAACUGUGUCAGAAAAAGGGUUCGAACGGGGCCUAUUACCUAGACAGUAAUAGGCAGUGUGCUAUCAUAAGUCUUGGUGUUUACUUGGUAGAAUCCAACUUCAAGUUUGGUGACAAAAUACUACCGGAACUUCUCAACAUUCAAAAAAAACUAGCAAAAUGUACCAUGCCGAUAGAUACAGUACCGAAAAGAACAAAAUCUCUUCCGGAUGCUGAAUGCUUCGCGUUUUGCCUCUCGAGCCUCCUUACCCAGGUGGCUAUGCUCCAACCAUCCCAUUUUGAUAAACUGCUCUGUUUUUCCGAGGAGUUCUUUCACACAAGCAGCGGUAAAGAGUCUUCUUUUACGGACAUCCUAGCUGCUUUGGAUACUUAA